AUGGAACAAGUCCCGGCGCAAAAUGGCAACGUUUUUGCGGCCCCUGUUCGCGUGGCAGACAACAACAAGCUGCGAAAGGUCCAGCGCGACGCAUACGCAGCAAUGGUGGACCUCUUCCCGACCUACAAAACGCUGUUGGCCGACAUAUGCACUGGGGCCGGCAAGUCGGGAGUGGCCUGCAUGGCCCCUUUUGCCCUAUGCGCGUCCGGGGUGGGCUGCAAGCGGAUGGUGUGGAUCGUGCCCACCAUCGAAGCUCGCGAGGUUGCGAUGGCUAACCUGACAGGCCAGAGCCCGCUGGGGGAUGGAGAUCAGGACGCAAGCUUCCUGCUGAACAAUGCUGUGCUGAUCAGGAACAAUGGUCAGGAUCCACGCUUGCCAUCAGUGCUGGAGCUCAAGGAGGGCCAUGCCAUGAGUGCGGAGCAGAUGGUGGAGGAGAUGAAGAAGUAUGAUGUGGUUGUAGCCACGGCGCAGCUCUUCAACGCUGUCAAGGGCCGCCUUGCAGAGCUGAAGCGGAUCACCGCUGCGGAGGGUCCCAUCUUCGACCUACAUGUGUAUGAUGAAUGCCACUACCUGCCCACCAAGUCUUGGGACGCUGUUUGGGAGUCCCUGAAGGGGGGAACCACCCGCUACCUGGCAAUGACUGGCACGCCAUUCCGCACCGACAACCAAGAGAUCCACCGUGAGAAGGACCUGCAGCCGUUCAUGCUGAUGCAUGCGCUGGAGGAUGGCUACAGAGAGGACCAGCGCCAUAAGAUGAUCGUGAAGGACUUGUGCUACCUGCAGCUGGAAUCAACCCAGGACCCUCUCCUGCCCGAGGAGGAUGCAACCAAUGAGAUGUUCCUGGAUAUGCUGAGGGCCACGUGCCACGUGCUGCGGAUGGCUCGCACUAGCACUGUUGGCAGCAUGACGCCACACAAAGCGCUUGGCUUUGUGGAAAGCUGGGAGCAGGCCAUGCGCAUUGUGAACCUGGCCAACAGCCACAAGGAUGAGCUGAUUGUGUUGGACGACCGCGGGCUCAUCAAGACCCUGAACAUUAAGAUUAUUCACCAGGGCAAGAUCAAUGGAAAGAAGCAGACCAAGGCUCAGAAGGAGCAGAUGAAGAUGAAUAUGGCGAAUUUCAAGGACAGCCAGAUCAGCCACCCUGCCUGUGUAGACAUGGUGACAGGCUGCCUAUCGGAGUCAUUUGAUCACCCCUUUGUCUCAGUGGCCACCAUUUUCCGCAAAAGCAGCACGCUUGUUAAGUUUGCUCAGUUCAUUGGCCGCGUGGUGCGCCGCAUCGGCGUGACGCAGGCGGGCACUGCCAGCAACCAGCAUGCAAACGACAACGACAACACGGCGCACAUCAUCACCCAUGCCAAGAGUGGCGUGAAGAAGUUCUUCAACGAGUUCAGCAACCGGAAGACGCCACUAAUUCAGGCCGACUCGGACAUUGACCAGGAAGUGGGGGCUCAUGUUGAGCAGACAGACAGCGAUGAUGAUGGCGCCGAGGGAGAGGAUGCUGUGGACGCCAACAUUCUGGAGCGCGGCAUUGACCAGGCCACUGCUGGUAGCGGCCCGAGCAACUCGGUGCUGAAGCGCCUGCAAACCUACCACUUAGCUCUGACCAAGCUGGGAUGGGAGAUUACGGACGAGACUGCCCGCAACAUCGAGUUGCAGAUGCAGGAGCAGGAAGCCAAGCGGCAGCGGCGCCAUUAA